AUGUCCGCAUCCGAGUCGUCUCGGACGCCAAGAGACGUGUAAGUUCCCGAAUCUGAGUGCCUAACAGUUGAACUACUCAAUUCUUCACAGCUUCUGCCUCUCAUUCGAAAGUUCCGCGCAACGGGAGGCGGCUCGCAAACUGAAAUUCGGUGUAAACGACCUGACAAUCACGGGAAACCAGCAAAAUAUCAAAAUCACUGCGGUCGUUGAGCGGAGAAAGAACACGGACGGCAAGUACCGACGUGGCGAGCACCACAAGAAUGGUAGGCGACGGUCCCACGCAGAGAUGUUGGGAAUUCCGUGUUCCGUGUUCCGUGUUCCGUAGAAAUAAGUUUUUUCCGUUUUCCGUGUUCCGUGUUCCGUGUUCCGUAAAAAUUUCCGUGUUCCGUGUUCCGUGUUCCGCGUUUUUUUUCAAUAUUUUUUCCGUGUUCCGUGUUCCGUAAAAAUUUCCGUGUUCCGUGUUCCGUAGAAAUAAGUUUUUUUUUCCGUUUUCCGUGUUCCGUGUUCCGUAUAAACUAUAUUUUCCGCGGAAAAAUUCGAUCAAAAAUUUUAUUUUUCUCAUUAUUUUUUUCAAAUUCCCCCUUGUUUUAGCAGCAACGAUGCUGCUCCGAAUAACCGCUUUGCUUUGGUCAAAAUUUGAAAAUUUUCGGAUUCGGACCAUAUUCGUGAAAAGUGGAUUCCAUUUUCAGUCGUUUUUUACUGUAGUUGUUUACUGUUGUGUUGUUGGUUUUGUUAUUUUUAUGAAAUUUUCAGUAAAACUUUCACAUGAGUCAAACAGCUGCCUUGUCAGUCAGAUAAUCGAAUUAAACAAAACAUUUUUUUUUAAAAAAUCACUGGAAUUCUCUUGAAAACACUUUUUUCCGUGUUCCGUAAAAAAACAAUUUUCCGUGUUCCGUGUUCCGUAAAAAAAAAUUUUCCGUUUUCCGUGUUCCGUGUUCCGUAGAGUAAAAUUUUUAUUCCCAACAUCUCUGGUCCCACAGACUGGACAAUCAGAGACGUUCAUUUUCAGCACUGCACAUUUGUGUGAAACGAAAGAAGAAGGCGGAAGUGAAGAAGGUUCCGAUUCUGAUGACGACAAAGUCCUGCACGUUUCGUGGAUUGUGAGUUGUGCGCAUUCUCUAGUUGACCACUCAACGAAAGAAUUUUUAUAUUUUUUAGAAAAUUUUUUCAUGGAAUGUGAUCAACUGACGAAAUGUAUAGCAAAGUGAACUGUACUCAUAGAAAAAUAAUUGUAAAUUUAACGUUUCAUACAAAAAAGUUAUUCGAGUUGUUGCGUGAAAAUGUCCUUCCGUCUUCAGUUAGCCCUUAACUUUUUUGUAUGAAAAGCUAAAUUUACAAUUAUUUUUCUAUGCACAGAAUUCACUUUGCUAUACAUUUCGUCAGUUGAUCACAUUUCAUGAAAAAAUUUUCUAAAAAAGAUAAAAAAAAUUCUUUCGUGUUCUUGCGUUGAGUUCUUCCGCUCAACUCUGGUACGUUUCAUAGCCAUCCAUUAAAUUGAAUAUAUAAUCGCUCGCGACCAAAUUCCAAGAACAGGACCUUAAAAAUAGCUCCAGUAGACGAUUUUGGUGGCUGUGAGAUAUCUGAAAAUUCUUAUGAAACGCAUCAAACCUAUGCACCUCCUAAGAAUCUCUUUUUUGAGAAACUAUUAUUGAUUUGUGACCCCCUAAGACUCAUGAAUCAUUGUUUACCUAUCAUAUUCUUUAAAAUAAGCUUCAUUGCUCAUUGAGGCGAAAAUUGAUAAGCGGAAGUAAUGUGCACCACGCGUCCUCAGGGUGGCUAGAGAAUAUUUUAGCAUUAUUUUUUGCUACACAAAAAUGACACCAUGUUUUAUUGAAUUUGAGCCCUACUCUGGUAAUUUUCGGGCAAUUUGCCGCUUCUUGCUGAAAGGGUGCCGGUUGCGUGCUCGCCACUUGCUUCAACCUUGCUCCUCCCGUGCCGCCCAAAAAACCUUGCACAUUUUCCAGCAAAACCGGCACGCAAAGUGUCGAAAUUCACACGUCCAAGUGUGUGCUCCACUCGCGAGCCCUGCUCCGUCAACUGCUCACCGUCUUCCGCGCCUUCUUCCACACCUUUCACUUUGACUUCAAAAACGUUCGAACGCUGGCCGAAGUGCUCGAAGUGCCGAACGCGCGCCGAUUCAAAGCGAUCACGUUGUACAAUCGUGUGAACGCGACGCUUUUGAAGACGGUUUUCCGCGCGUUGCCCGAGAUUCGACUCGUCAACUUUCUGCGAAACGUCAAAUAUGUGAACUUGUCGAAGGUGGGCAAAACAUCGGGGGGGCGUAACUUGAAAAUGAAGCGAUUUGGGAUGAAAUGUUCAAUUACAAAGUUGUAGAGCACACGAUUUCCAACAAUUUUGCAGUUGACACCUUUUUGAAAUAGUCAUUAAUUCUCGAGAUAAGCGCCUUCAAAGACAAGAGGCGUCUUGCGAAAUAUUACAGUAUCGUCGCGUGACCGGAAUAUCCAUCGAAAACGGCUCGAAGAUCACGGACGCUCAGCUGAUUGCGAUGAAAUUCGAGAGUAUCAAAGUGGAAAAGUGUAAAAUAACUCCGCAAGGACUGAAGACGUUUUUGGAGCAGUGGGAGCACGGAAAACGCAAGACACUGAAGCGCGUCGAUUUGGCGUUCAAGCACCGCUUCCCGGAUUUGGAGCUUUUGCGCAGAGGGUGGGUGCCGUUUUUCUGGGGGCACGACACACUUUUUAUUAUUUACGUAUCAUUUCAGACGAGGCAACUUCGACGUGAUGUCAGUGUUGAACGUGAACGACGUCGUCGCUUACUACUACUUGACUCGAAAACACUUUAGUUUUAUGCGAUCCACCGAACUUACCGAAAUUGAUCUGGGCGGUGCACUUGUACAACUAUGA